GAGGAGCACCCCGCGGAGACCACGCUGUGAGUGGCGGCGGGGGGAGAGGGACUGUGACGUCCCAGUGCGAACCCCGAAGUUGCAGGUCCUCCGCGGAAAGGUUAAAACAGAAAAGACCCAGGACGUUUGCUGAAUUUCUGAAUAUGGAGGAAGCACCAGUUAUAAAGAGACUAUAUGUUGGUGGACUUGGCCAUACAAUUUCUGAAACUGAACUGCAGGAAAGAUUUGGCAAGUUUGGAAAUGUGACAGAGACAGAAAUUGUGACCCGGAAAGAUGAAAAAGGGAACCCUACAAAGACAUUUGCCUAUAUCAACAUCACCCUUUCAGAAAAAGAACUUAAAAAAUGUGUAUCUGCUUUAAAUAAGACAAAAUGGAAAGGUGGGACGCUACAAAUAGAAUUGGCCAAAGAGAGCUUUUUGCACAGACUGGCACGAGAGCGUCAAGAGGCAAGUAUAAAGAAGGAAAAGCCAGGCCAAAAUGGCAUGACAGAUGUCUUAGAAUCUAUGAAGAAAUCUGGAUUUACAGAUUUUCACAUGAAAGCAGUACCAGGAACAGAAGUACCAAAUCACAAGGACUGGGUUGUUGGCAAAUUCGGCAGAGUUUUACCAAUCCUCCAUCUUAAAGGUCAACACAGAAGCAAUACCAUAAAAUAUGACCCCUCCAAAUAUUGUCACAAUCUUAAAAAACUGGAUCAAGACCUUACUGAGAUGGUUCCUAUUUCCAAGCUCACGUGGCAUUUGGAGGAAGGCGAUGACAGCAUGAGCAAGAAACGGCAAGGGCACUUUCCUGCAUAUGAGCCACCUAAAAAGAAAAUGAGAGUGCAGGAUGGGGACAGUGUGAGCCGGACAGAAUUGCAUUCAUAUGGUCAGUUUUCAUCAAAAACAGCAAGCAUGGCCCCAGGCAAACUAGUUCAAAGCCGCACACCCAAGACCAAAAAGCAAAGUAAAGAGCACUCAGUGCAUCAGAAGCAUGGAACUGCUUCAACACCUUGCAGGAAUAGAAACCGUCUGUCUGAAAGUGAUAUUGAUUCUGAAGAAGAAAUUCGAGCCAUAAUAGAAAGGGAGAGAGAAGUGCGUCAAGAUAAUCCCAAUACUGAACAGGAAGAGAAUAUGGAAGUUGUCAGAGAGGAUUUCAAGCUGAAAUAUCGUACUCAUUGGUCCUUACAGGAAGCCCAAGAUGCCAAGCAAGCGCCCACCGGGUGUAAUGGAGUGCUGAGGACCACUGACAAUCAGUCUGGUUAUGAUUCGGCCGACACUGAUGAAAUUAUAGCUGUGACUAGAACACCAAAUAAUGAGAAGAAGGAAGCUCCAAAGGAAUCUAAGGCAGUCACGCAGGGAAAGGAUGACAAGCCUAAGAUGCAUGCUACAAAUUCCGGAUCUUCUGUCUCAAGUGGUUUAAUAUUGGAUAAACCGAAAAGCGUGGGGAGAGUAAAGCCUAAGAAAGCAUCCGAUUCAAAGGCUGCUGCUCAACAGAACAGCAUCAGUAAUAAGUGCAAGGUUGGGGACAGUGAAAGUUCCGAUUCAUAUCUUGACACAAGUGAGCCUGAAGGGGAUGAAGAUUACGAAACCAUGAUGCAAGGAUGUUACCGGCUAGAUCUUACAUUAGAAGAAUUAGAAAGAUUAGCCAGUGAAAAUACCCAAACUAUAGAUAAAGAUACUGCAAUUAACCAAAAUAACACUCCGUGUAAAAGUACUGAAUUUCCAGUUAACAGUACCGGCAAUAUUGCAAAGAAAUCCAAAGAGAUCACCACCCGGAAAAAAGGCAUUUCUCCUGAAGAGAUAAUUUCUGCUAUUUUAGAAGGAGGAAGUUCUGAUGAAGAGAAUCCAAAGAGAAAGAAGUUGAAUUUGAAAGUUCCGCCUUUCAGAGGAAUAGGGUCAUUAAGUCGAGAGCUGACUAAGGGCACACAGGACAGUCAAGAAAACCAGACUUCUUCCGGCCUUGUUGGUCUGGAAGCUCCCCAAAGUGUUUCUCAGCGCUCCGGCUCUGCAAGCAAAAAACUUAGCUGCAAAUCGUUAAAAGAAAAUAGCCCGGACUCUCUCAGGGGAGCUUGUAUUCUAAAAUCAGGGGAAGAUUCUGACUACAGUAAACUCAGUGCAAAAAGUAGCGAGGUGGAAAGCAGUGGUGUGAGUGUUCUGUCUGAAAGAAAGAGCUCAAAAAAUCUGAAAUCUCUCUGCAAGGAAACAAAGAUAGAGACGAGCAUUAAAGGUUCCAGUUUUGCACACUGUAAAAACACGAGAAGUGAAGAGCCCGUCCUGGAUUCUGCCAAAGCUACAAGCACGUCUGAUAAAAAGGAAAAACAGCUGCAGGAUAAUGAAAAAAGGUUGACUGCUCUACAGGAGAGGCAAAAAGAACGAGAACUGCAGAGGAAACUUAUUCAGGGAGCGUUAACCAGUCUGGAAACUCAGUCAGCAAAUAAACAGAAGCACAUAGUAUUUGAUUCAGAGGAUGAAGCUGAAAAUAAAGAUGAAGUACAAGAGAGCACACCAGGAGGGUCUUCAGGACAGCUGCUGGGAAAAGAAUUUGCUACUAAAACCUCUGGAAAGUUGUUUGAGAGCAGUGAUGAUGAAUCGGAAACAACAGAUGAAGAAGAUGACAGAUUCAAAAUCAAACCUCAGUUUGAGGGUAAAGCUGGAGAGAAGCUUAUGCAUUUACAGUCACGAUUUGGAACAGAUGAAAGAUUUCGUAUGGAUGCUCGCUUCCUUGAAAGUGACAGUGAACAAGAAGAUGAAUCAAAAGUGGAAAUAGAUGAAGAGGAGGAGCUCACUUUAGAAAAAAAGAGAAAUCUUGACAUCUUGAAAAAUCUUCUGAAUAUUGGUGCAGAACUUUCGAAACCUCGCAAGCAGACAGCAAAUGCCAAGAAAUUCAAAGAUAUGAACACCCUGCGCUAUGACCCUACAAGGGAAGACCAUGCUGUAUUUGAAAGGAAGCCAGAAAACACUGAGAAAGAAAGUAAAGCUAAAAGGAAGAAGCAGAAGGAGGAAGCUCAGAAACUGCCCGAGGUGUCUAAAGAAAUAUUUUAUGAUGUUUCUGUGGAUUUGAAAGAGAUACUUGGAUCUACAAAGUGUGAUGAGAAAACAGAACAAAUACCUUGGGAUAAACAUGAGGAUGUGGGAGAAGCAACUCCAGCUGAGGCAGAGACAUUAGGAUUCAGCACUGGAACCGACAGAGAAGAGGAAACCAGUGGUUUCAAAUUUUCCUUUUUUGGGGCUGAAGAGGAGAGGCCGCCAAUGAAAGAAGAACCCUAUGUAAUUGAAACAAUAAAGGCUUCCAGGGUUGCAUGGCAAGAGGACCCACGUUUUCAGGACAGUAGUUCAGAAGAUGAUGAGACCGAAGAAGUUGAAAGAGAAGAUGUCGAAGAAAUGUCUCCAGCUCUGCCACAGUCUAAUAUUAGAUUUUUCUUCUUCUCCCGAGAUGAUGAUAGAUUAAAAGAGGGUCCAAAGCUGUUCUGUAAAUCUGCUAACCUUGAUGAAGACAGAGAUGAUUGGGAAAGUCGGCGCCAGACAUUACUUGAGGAUUGUCGGAAGAAACAUAAAGAUGCAAGAAGAAAAGUUAAAGCAAAACACUGAAUACAGCGGCCCUGUGAAACAACAGUGAUGCAGAGAACACUGGGCGUUCAAAACGGGGAUAAUGGAAGACGUCUCAAGAAAUGCUUCUGCGAGUUAUUUGAAAAUUGGUGCUAAACACAAAGUGCCAUGAAAUCUGGGCCUUGCACAGGUUGGGCAUCUUUAUGAAAAGUAGGUUUCUGGUUUGAGAAGAGCCAUAAGCUGUAGGCAGAUCUCCUUUGAUUUGCCUGCAUUCAUUUACUCUACCUGGUUGCAAUAAUAAAUUAAAGUAAUCCAGAAUAAAAUGUCAGCUGGACUAUAAAGGUGGAGUCCAUCCAGAUCUACUAUGCCUACCACCAUUCUUUUGGAUGUAAGACUCUAUGCCACAGAUAUUAGGAAGCAGAGGUUUUUUUUAUAUCAUGCAUUGCAGAGGGUCCCUUCCAACUCUACAAUUCUGUGUACACCAGAAAGUAACAUUUGGGAGCAGUUCAUAGAGCAGAUAGAUGUCAGUGUAAAUUGAUACACCUUCCUAAAACAUGUAAGUGUAAGAAACUGGCUAAGGAGCAAAUGCACAAAGGUCUUAAACCUCUACAAUGUUAGAUAUUACAUUUAAAGUCCAAGUGCAAUUAAAGUGGUGGAGAAGAAUAGGACAAAGGUAUUCAAUUCAAAUUGUACUGGAGCAUGUGCUGUUUUCUGAUGUGUUCAACAUGCAUCAGAGCAGGACAAGUGACAAAAAACAAACUGCAAUUCCAUUACUUUACAGGGAUCGAGUCCCCCCCCCCCAAAAAAAAAAGCUUGGUGUGACUUCCUUGGGAUAAAGUUAAACAUAUUUAGGAUUGGCCUACUAUACUGCAGUCCAAAACUAUUGAAAUGUGAGCAUUGUCAUUGAUGGUAGUGGGGGGGGGGGUUGAUCACAUUUUUAGGCUGAAAUCAGUUUCAUUGUGUUGGAUAAGCAGCUCCCAACUGAAAAUAAUGCUGAAUUCUUUGCUGUCUUGCCACAUUGGCUGUUUUUACAUAACCAAACUUCUAGUUUCUGCUGUAAAAUAAAACUGUAAAUUAUA